AUGCUUUUGACAGUUUUUGAUGGCUUCCACUGUUUGCCUCUGGUUUCUAGUGAAAACCAGACAUUGGAUAAAAUAGAUUUGCUUAAUGAUAAUAGCAUAUGCCAUAGGAAAGAGGAGGGAACAAAUAUUCUACAGACUAUAAGAGUGAAGACCUGUUAUAUGGAUUCUGUAAAAGAAAAUAAUUUUUACAUAGGUAAAGGAUGGAUACAAUGUGAGAACAGGGACUGUUUAAAAUGGAGACUGUUACAGCAAGAUGAUAUAGAAAAUAUUGAUUCUAAUACACCAUGGUACUGCUAUAUGAAUAUUGAUCCAAAGUUUAAUAAAUGUUCUGUUGCUGAAGAAUAUUUUCCCAAGGAAUCUCAAUUUCAAAAACAUGGAUUAAAAUAUAUUUAUUCAAAGUUUCCAUUAGGAAGCUUGGUUCUGGCAAAAAUGAAAACAUGGCCAAGAUGGCCUGGCAUUCUUUCUCCUGAUCCUGUUGAUGGACAGUAUGUGAAAUAUGAUUUUAAUGGAGAUGUUGAAAGUCAUCAUGUAGAGUUUCUGGGGAAUCCCCAUUCCAGGAGUUGGACUGCCAUAAAAUACAUUGAUCUUUAUCCCAAUUCAUUUAAGGCAGAUGUAUGUAAGAAGAAAAAAGCCUGGUAUGACAGUGCAUUGGAAGAGGCAAACAAAUUGCUUGCAUAUUCUACUCAGCAAAGGCUCGACAUAUGCUAUCUAUCAAAAAAGGGUACAGUUAUCUGGCCUUUAGUUGUUAUUAUACACAAACACUUUAAUUUUUAUGUGUGCAAAUAUUUUUCCCAAUUAAAAGUUGUACAAAAAAAUGUGGGAAGAAAAUUAGUUACAGAAAUGGAAGGAAUCUUGAUUGUUGAUUCACAACAAAUACUCAUAACUUUCUCAAUUUUCAGGCAAAGAAUGUUAACAUAUCCUUGCAAAAUAGCAAGGUCAGAAGAUAUCCUAUCAAGACAAAGCUUAGUUGUAACAGAGACAGAAAUUAUACUGAAAGAUUUGGACCAAAUUCUCAGUCAAGUGUUAGUCACCUCCAAGCCUUUCUUGGAGUCAUCUGGGAAUCGAGAGGACAAUAAUGAAAGAGAAGAGGUGCUUAACUGCUCUUUAGAAGCUAGUGAAGAAAGUAGACCAAUGGAAAUCAGCACUGAAGAAGAUUGUAUUAUAAUUGAUGGGAAAGCUUUCAUGGCUGGAGAAUGCAUAGAGAGCAUAACAGAACAAUUUAAAGAAAUAGAUUAUUUAAUGGCUGACUUCCAAGGCAGCUUGUAGCACUAAUAAGAGAGAAUCUGUUAUCCUGUUUAUAACUUUAGAGGCAUCCUUUUUCACAUAUAGUGGAAGAAUGUUAAAAGCAGUUCAAUAAUAUAUAAUAUAUAUAAUUAUGUAAUAUAUGUAAUAAUAUAUAUUACAUGGAGUUAGAUUUACUUUAACAAGGGGUCAACAAUUUGUUGCUAAAGUUGAUAUCCAAUGUAGUCCAUAUUAUUGUAUAAAUAUAUAUUAUAAGGAAAAUUAAUAGCAGUGUCAUGUGUUUUUAGAUAUUGUUUUCUAUAAAAAUCAGAUUGAAAAUAAAGAUUAAUCAUACUUCAGUCUAGAGAGUUUUUAAGAUCUGAAGCUUUCUGACAAAUCAGUUUAUGUAUACUUUUGUAGAAAGUCAUUAUGAAAAUUCAAUAUUGUAAGAGUUGUAAUUGGAAGCCUCAAUUUUAAAUAAUUAUAUGAAUUUCUUUGUUAAGAUUCAUUGAUGGAUCACAUCAUACAUCCAUAGAUAUAAUUCCAACUGGGAUGUUUUCAAUUGAGCCAUCAAUUUGCAGUAAACUCUAUUUGUUCCUAGCUAGAGCAGGAACUAUUUUCUCAUAUGACCAUAGAGAAUAGAAAAACGAUAUCCCGGUGUGAUUUCCUAAGAGCCAUGAAAUUGAUCUCAUAUGCCUCCCACAUACUUCUGAUUAGAAAAAUGUGUACUUAGAAAGAUCAUUAAAAAGCAGAAGGUCUGUAUAUGAUUCAGCAUUAUCACAACUUUUUUGUUCUAAUAAUUAGGAUUACAACUUUAACACUUCAUUUAAACAAUCUAGAAAAGUUGCCAUUCUUGCCUCCAUUCAAUUCCAUUUUUAACAUAAAAUUAGGGCACAGAAUAAAAAU